CCCGCCCCCACGACAUGAAUGGCAUCCAGUCAGAGACAAGAAGGCAGAGACCAGGAAGAGAAGACGACGAAGAAAAAGAGCUUCAGUUUCAACACAGAAAAAGCCUGUGUCCGUGAUUGGAUCUAAGAGCACCAAACACACACACACACACACACCAUAGCAUCCACGCCAAGACGCAUUUAUGGACAACAACGAGAAAGGCUCGCAGCAGCAUCUGGAUCCAGCGGCCGAGGUGGGUCAGGAAGCAGCUGAGGUGGGUCAGGAUGCGGCAGUGAGCGCGGAAGCCCCACCGCCCACCAUGACGGAGGAGGAACGCCAGGAGCUACAAGUGGAGCUGUUGAGGGUGGAGGACGAGAUCCUGACACUGUCUCAGGUUCUGGCGGCGAAAGAGAGGCAGCUGGCCGACAUCAAGAGGAAGCUGGGGGUGACGCCGCUCAGCGAGCUCAAGCAGAACUUCACCAGAAGCUGGCAGGAGGUCACCACCUCUUCGGCGUACAAGAGGACAUCGGGGACGCUGUCACACGCUGGCCUGAAGGCCACAUCGGCCUUUUCCAACAUGAGUCUGGCCAUCAGCCGUAAACUGGAUGACGUCAGGAACGCUCCCACAUUCAAGUCAUUUGAGGAGAAAGUGGGAACAUGGAAGAACAAGAUGAGUCCGUCGGAAAUGGACGGCGGCGAGCAGAUGAAUGUUCCCGACGCAGAGGCUCAGCACCAGGACACGCCCACCAACCUAGACGCACCCUUGCACUGACCCCCAACCUUUGACCCUCCAUAAUGUCCUUCUACAAGUCUUUAAACAUAUUGGCAACCUGACCAUUAGAACUGUGCAACCUCUUGACAUCACAUUUUGUGUCACGCGCCCACUCACCUUAACACCCCCCCCCCCCCACACCCACACACACACACACACACACAAGCAUUUUCGUUUUGUAAAUUUUUGGGGCCAAAGCAGCUGUGUAGCAUGCACACAUACACAGCCAAGGUAGUAAAACUAAAGUGUACAUUUGUACAAUUUGUUGAUUCAGGUUGGCAUGUUACUAACCACACACUGUAAAAAUAUAUAUGUAGAAAAUAAAACACACUCUUUCCUCAGUGCACUUAAAGAUAUUUUUAGUUUAAGUCUCUCGCAUCAUCAUGGCUUUUGUCAAACAAAUUAAAGAAAAAUUGAACUGCAACAGCUGUUUUAAUUAACUUCAAAGCAGAAAAAUACUACAAAACUCCGUUGAUUAUAAAAUGUAUACAAAUUAUUCAUGCCAACAAACUGCUUUACUUGUUUAAUUCUAAAGUCGUUUUUUUUUUUAUAGCGUCUGUCUUUAACGUAAACAAAACAAGUACCAGAAUUAAAAAUGACUGGUGAAUUUGGUGAACAUGAGAAAAUGCAUAUUAACUGCAGUUCACGAUUUGAGCACGAGAUGGUACUAGAUGUGGAACAUUACAUUUGACAUGAGGAACGUUACAUACGCACAGCUACGACUGUUUUAUCCUCAUAAUGGACAUUUGUGAUCCCUUAACUUUCAAUAAUAAGCAAUCUAAUGUUUAGGAAAUGAUUUUCCCCGGGGUUAAGGGACUUUUUUGCCGAAAGAACGUGCACUCUUACGUGCUGAUGGAAAUUGCUCGCUUCCACACUACGAAAAGAGGGCAGAGUUUAUGCCUUCUCGGUCAUUUUGUCAUGCUAUUAUCGUCUGUUGAAAUGGGAUCAUACUGCGUGAGAAAACAAAAGUAGAUCAGGUUGAGGGAAAAUAGGCUCCCAAUGAGGGAGACAACGUGCAGUGUUGUGCCUGUGGCGUCGGCAGUUUCACGCAAAUGUCAACCUCACUGCUAUGCGAGAAGUGGGUCGGAAAAUAUUCAAAUUAGUCACUAUUUUUUUAACCACAAGAGGGAGCAACAGCAAUGUCUAAAUACUCUGAUUAAGUUAUGCACACAGUUAUUCAAUCAGAACACUGACAGCUUGGAAACUUUUCCAUUACACAUAAGGCAGAGCUCAUUAACGUCAUGACACAUUGAUAAGUAGAUAGCAGUAGAUAAGACAUUCUUAUGAGGAUAUGUUUUUCCUUCUUUUUCCCUCCCAUUUCUUCCCUUCCGUAUUCCUGCUUGCGGACUGUAUAAAACCUUCUGAUCUGGAGUCUGACCUGGUUGUUUUUCAUUUGUUGAAGUGCAUUGUGUACUGACUGCCGUGAGACAACCCAAGAUCGUGCAAAUAAAGAACCAACUAUUGCUCCA